AUGUCUCGACGGCCGGCAAAUCCUGGAGCCGAUCGGGCACUCCAAAACCAGCAAACCAUCAAGAGCCUCUUGAAAUUGGAGGCCAAUAAGGUGUGCGCUGACUGCAAGCGCAACAAACAUCCAAGAUGGGCCAGUUGGAAUCUGGGCGUCUUCGUAUGCAUCCGAUGCUCGGGCAUCCACCGUGGCAUGGGUACGCACAUCAGCCGUGUCAAGUCUGUCGACCUCGACUCCUGGACCGAUGAACAACUACAGAGUGUAUUGAACUGGGGAAAUGCCCGCGCGAACAAAUAUUGGGAAGCAAAGUUGGCCCCUGGCCAUGUGCCCAGCGAAGCGAAGAUCGAGAACUUCAUCCGCACCAAAUACGAACUGAAGAGAUGGGUAAUGGACGGACCGAUGCCGGACCCUGCUACGUUGGAUGCAGAUGGCGAUGACGAUGUUCCCCUGAGCGUGGUCAAGGAGAAGCAAAAUAUUGAGCGGAGGGAAUCGACUCGGAAGAGCUCUAUCGGUCAGUCGUCGGCCCCAAGACGUGCCGCCCCACCACAAGAGGACUUGAUCGGUGGUGGCCUUGCCUCUGUACCACCACCGAGAGCUAGUACCGCCGGACCAACAGCGUCCAAGGUGCCUCCCAAAGCCGACCCUGCUCCUCCGAAGGCGACAAACACCAAGGAUUCGCUGCUGGGUUUGGAUUUCUUGGGCUCGGAAACUGCGGCGCCCCCUCGACCAGCCAGCACGACUGGCACACCAAGCGCUGGAGGCCAAUCCCGACCAGACCUCAAGCAGUCGAUUCUUUCACUGUACGCAGCCGCGCCACGACCUCAACCACAGGCUCCUCAACAACCAGUAUCUCAUGCCUCUUCGGGAUCAUUUAGCGGUCUGGGAUCCCCGACAGGGAUGUCACAGACCCAGGGUUCUUUUGGUGGGCUCAACGAUGCCUUCAGCAACUUGAGCUUUGGAAACUCUACUGCUCCCAAGCCCGCCCAAGUCGAUGCCUUCUCUAGUCUUGGAAGUUUCAGCUCCCCUCGCCCUGCGGCUCAGACAACCAGCAGCUCUUCGGCCUUCUCUGGUUUGAGCGGCGGCAGCUUCUUCGACUCCAAGCCAGCCACAUCAACUCAUCAAUCCAAGUCGUCCAUCGGCGGGCUUUCUGGGUGGGGCUCCGUCUCCUCCCCCGCGGCUGCUCCUAAACCGGCCGCCGCACCGGCCUCUGCUGCCCUUGGGGACCUCUUCGACUUUUCCUCGCCAGCACCUUCUCAGCCAGCCCCCGCCCCUAAGCCUGCGGUGUCGUCUCCCCCAAUGACCUCUUCCUCCGUAUUCAAUCUCAGCCAGCCAAAGCCCGCCCCAGCUCCCGCCCCCGCGCCAGUAGCCACCUCUAACACCCUUGGCUCUUUUGGCGGCAGCGGCUUCUCUGGUGCUGAUGUCUGGGGUGGAAACGCCUGGGCUUCUGACGAGCCCGCCAAGCCAGAGCCCCCAAAGGCGACGACCUCGACCUCGAAUGACUUUGGCUGGGGCUCCUUCUCCAGCCAACCCAUCGUGCCCAGCGCAUCAGGUGGUUUUGCCCCUGCUCCGAAGGUCACUGCGGACGAGGAGUUUGGCGGUUGGACAAGCGGUACCACUUCUACCAGCACAUCCAAGCCGGCUGUGCCCGGUGGCGACAGUGACUUGUUCAACAAUGUCUGGCAGUGA